AUGAGUGGGAACAGCUCCCCGGAUUACAAGGCGCUUCUCCUAAAGGCAGCAGAGGAGAUUGAGCAGUUGAAGGAUGAAAAGCAGCAGGCAGAGGAAAGGGAAAGACAUCAGAGAGAACGCAACCGACCGACGACCUUUCCAGAGUUCAUUCAACUAUGCCACGAUCGCUUUUGGAGGCCGCUCCGAGCGCAAACACCGUCUUGCUCCACGACAGGUACAAUUCCUGCCCCUAUCGGCAAAGUCUGUCCCCUACGACUGCGCCCAUGGAGUGACUGUGAGGCAAGACAGCGAGAAAUUUUCGGAUCUGUUUGCCGUCACCUGCAGCCAGCAGGAGAGGAUGCACCACGGUUAUUCAUGCCACUCAAUGCGCUAGAGAGUCUCAGUCAAUCCACAAGUCGACAGAUCAGCAGCGAAAAGGAUCUUGACUUCUACGAGCAAUUCGCCGCAGAAGACCCCGUACGCAUGAUUAUCGACGAGUUGUGCAAAAUACCAGAGGCUCGCGAGGAGUUCAACCUAGGCAACGGAAUUCGGUUCGAUAAUCACGCCAAUGCUCUGGAUAAAGACAAUGAAGCCGACGCUGGUGAGUCAUCAACCGCGAAACGUUCGAAGCCAGAUCAAUUUUGCAUAUAUCGGAUAGACGGCUACAAGAGUACCUUGCUCACCACUAUCGAAUAUAAACCCCCCCACAAGCUCUCCGUUACAGACCUUCGAUUAGGCCUCCACUCGAUGGAAUUUUGGCGAGACGUGGUACAGCCUGAUCAUGUUCCGACGGAGGAGCCAGAGAAGUCAAGAUAUCACGCCAAGCAGCUAGUCGGGUCUCCCAUCGUUCAAGGAUUUCAUGUGAUGAUUCAAGAGGGUCUGGAGUAUUCAUGUCUGACGAACGGCCUGGUCGAUGUGCUGCUCUGGGUGCCCUACGACGAUCCAACUACACUUUAUUACGACCUUGGUGAGCCCGGUAUGUACGAGACUGCAGAUAUCGGUAGACCUGCGAGGGCUCCUAUGACUCGAGUUGAGAGGACGCUGUGUCUGUGUCUGAUGAGUUGUCGCCAUAUUUCCCGUGAUCGACCGUGGCGGAAUUCCGCCAUGGACAUCCUACCGAGAUGGCGUACGAGCUAUGAUAGCGAUCGCUCCCAGAUCAGUGUGGCAGAUUCACCUCGAGACUCAAGCUUGGACGAAAGUAUCCCCGAGCUUCCCAGUCCUACAGAUUCAAGCUCUGAUUAUCAUGCGCCAGUGUCUCCCGUCAAUUCAGGGCCUCAAGUAACCACACGAGCGGCCGCUCGCUGUGCUCCCCCAUCCGACCAACAUCUUCAAGGGGAUUCCUCUGAUUCCGACGCAGAGCCCGCCGCACCUACUGGACGGAAGCGUAGACUCAGCCAGGUCUCGUCGUCCUCUUCGACCCAACUGUUUACGCCGCGACCCCGAGCAAAUUGCCAAGGAAACCAAAGCGGGCAAUCUCGCUCCCAUGAUGCUCUAUAUUGCACACAAAAGUGCCUCCUCGGGCUUCAACAAGGCGGUGCAUUCGACCCUGAGUGCCCUAAUACAAAGCUGCAUAUGCUUGGAAGAGGGGAGGACCACCAUCUGAUCAGCGCAGCCGACCUGGUGAAGCAAAUCAAGGCGCAGCUUGAUCAGAAUCCAGAACAUAAUUGCGCCCCUAUCGGGCCCUGUGGGGCCACGGGCGUCCCAUUCAAGAUUACGUGUGCCACCUUCGGAUACACCAUCGUGGGCAAGGGGACAACAUCGGGACUCUGGGGGAAAGUCUCGCGCGAAGCUGAGGUCUACACGGCCCUGAAGCGUGUUCAAGGAUCCGCUGUACCUGUCUUUCUCGGGGCAAUCAAUCUGGCCCAAAUCUACUUCGUUCACCGUGCAGGCAGUAUCCGUCAUAUGCUUCUCAUGGGCUGGGGUGGUGAGAGCGUAGGCCGUACUGGUUUGGACAGGACCGUCCAGCAUGCGAUUUCUCAAUCCGAGAAGGAGAUCCGUCGUCUCGGUGUUGUGCACCAUGACCUUCGGCAGGACAAUAUUUUGUGGAAUGCUGAGCUCCGGCGAGCUCUGAUCAUUGACUUUGAUUGGUGCACCUUCCACUCUCGACUGCAACGCAGACGGUCAGGUGCUUCCAAGCGAUUACAGAAUGGUCCUAAUAAAAGUCACUCUAAACGGGUGCGUGAGAUGUGA